AUUGUGCAUGUCAUAAUUUAAGAUUUAUCGACCGAAAAUCUUUAACAAUACUCUAUCGAUAUAUUACCAUGCUCUGAAAAGUUUAAACUUUAUCUAAUGAUGAGAAAUAUACACCACAGAUGGCAUUACUUAAAAGUUUCAAUGUUUUGGCGCAAUAUUGUUUGCCUCUCACAGCUGAUAAAACCACAAAUCUGUUUUUUUAAAUUUAUAUCAUUGUACAUACAAUUUUAACGUUUUCUUCACAGUUUGGGGAUAGUGCGAAGAAAAAUUCACGAUGACAUAAUAUUCAUCAAAAUAUAUCGAGAGCUUUAUCAUUCUCGUAUCAUCGGUUUACUACGAUAUAAAUUUUUAUAUUUGGAAGAAGUUUGAUUUUUGAUUGUCAAAACUGGAUAAAAUGAACAUAAUAUGUGUGAUUUGCAGUGAAUUAUUAGUAUCGUCCGAUGAUGUUUUCCACACACCAUGUGGACAUAUUUUCCACUUCGGAUGUUUGAUACAAUGGCUGGAGAGAUCCAAAACAUGCCCACAAUGCAGGGAAAGGACAACCGAGAGCAAGAUAUACAGGAUAUAUUUCAAUUUCUCAAACAGUGAUAGCAUCGUAGAAGAUCCCACUUCUCUACAGUAUAAAAUUGAUAAUCUGACCCUUCAGCUGCAGUUGAAGGACCAAAAUAUCAAUAAUCUUACUGAAAUCAAAGAAAAAUUGGAGAAGCAAACAGCUGGUUUAAGACAAGAAGUUAGACAUGUUGAAAGUGAAAUAAAUGGCAAAAAUAGUGCGAUUCAUGCAUUGAAGCAGCAAAUUAAGUUCUAUAAACAGCAAUGUCAGGAUGUAGACAUUUAUAAGAAUGAAAUAAAACAGUUGAAAAAAGAUAUUGAAAGUUUAAAAAAUUUGCAGGCUUUGUUAGAUGCUUCUGUGGAUGAAGUGGAUGAUAUAAUAGCGAUGACUUGUGACAUUGAUAAACUUAAGACAUAUAUAACAAUAAUGAAAAAAAAUAUGAAUACUGAUUUGCAAAAGAAGAGAGAGUUAAGAGAUAAAGUUAAAAGUUUACAACAGGAAUUAACAAGAGUUUUUACAACAAACAAAUCUUUAUCAGAAGAACGCAUUAAAAGAAAAGAGUUGGAAAAACAAUUGAUUAAUUGUGAAAGUGAAAAGAUAAUUCUGCAAAAUCAGCUACUUGAUAUGCAAACAAGUGUAUGUAAAUGUGCCUCUAGUAAAAUAUCUGUAGAGAAGCAAGACAGUUUGAAAGUACAAGACUGUCCCAAAGUAAAAUUUAAUGAAAUAAUAAACAAGAGUGAAGUUGAUGCUCUAAAACUCAAAAAGAAUGAUAGUUGUAUUAUUAUAGAAGAUAGUAUUGAAAUGACUCCACUAAACAUAAAAUCACAAGGUUUCUUUUCAAUGAAAGAUCAUGGUAUUAAAAGGGAGAGAUCUAAUACCAAUUUGAAAGUACCUUCUAUACUUGCCAAAAAAUCAAAGUUUAAUGCACCAAGUCAAAAAACUAACAGUGGUAAUGAUAUGACUUUUGAUGGUUUCGGAGGACAUGCAAAGUAUGAUAAAUAUCCUAAUCCAAUUUCUAGUUCACAUAUAAAGAAAAUGAAAAAGAAAUGAAGACAAAGAGAUUGAAACUGGACACUGGUAAUAAUCAGAAACUCAGUGACUCCAGAUUAUGGAUAUAAUAAUAAAUACAGACUAUGGAUAUAAUGUGUGAUGUCUAAGUUAUAAAAAUAAUUUAAAUUAUAAGAAUCAAGAAAUCAUUUUGAAAAGAUUUACGAUUAGAAAUUGCAUUAAUUAUUUAAGAAAAAAA